UUCAAGUGCACACUUUUUGAUUUGCAAAAAAACAAGGCCUUUUCGAACAUGUAUCUGUGCAAAGAUGGAAUCGGGAUCCACAUAGAAGAAUUCCAUGUUGAUAGCGAUGAAGUCCUCUUCAAACUCCAUCAUGUUAAUGUGUCUGACACUGGCCAUUACAGCUGUGUGCACUCAAACACCAAAUACAAACCCAAACUUGUUUCUUCAACAGACAAGAAUGUCACCAUCAUCACCUUAGUUGUUACAUCUAAGCCUAGACCCACAUCAAUCUUGGAGGAAGUUAGACCCACAUCAAUGUUAGAGGAAGUGUUGGAGGAAGCUUUGCAGGCAGACACCUCUAGUCUCUUUCUGUUACUUCUUCUUCUACCACUGGGGGCAUUGAUAAUGUUGGUUUGGUACUACUGGUUCAUUCUGAAGUUAUGGUUUUAUCGAAGGUACAGAAAGCAGACCAGAGUUGUUCAAGGCAAACGUGCCGUCGGUAUGACCGGUCCUCCCAUAUCAGCGAGAACUCCAAAUUCUCCAAUAAGCAAUGCAGAAGAAUGCUUCAACAAAGUAAUAUAUGUUAAUGUCAACGUAGAGCAGGCGCCUGAGGAGUCCACCUAUGCAAACCAGGGAUCUGAUGGUUUGUCAACAACAUUUUGCCAGACUUACAGACUGUGAAGAGUGACUUUAAUGUGGGCAAGUUUUCCUGUCCUGUUUCAUGUCAUA